CCCGGUUCGCGUUUGGGGGUGAAGGCGCGCGUAGGCAACCCUUAGUGCGCACGUGAAAUUCCGCCGGACAAGUGCUCCACGUCUAAGACAUGAAUCGCAACUGCACUGCGUCCAGCAUCAGAAGGGGAUGUUUAUAACCAAAUUGGUUGGCAGAUCCGCUAGAUCGACACCGGCCGGCAAGUCGUCCAGACUUAUGAUCUCUAGCGAUGUUGGCGUGCGUGUGUCAGCCGGCUGAUCCGGGCAUAUUCCGGCGUUCGCCCAUACCGCUGGGCGCGCCCCCCCUUAAAAUUAUCGCCGCCGGAAGGGGGGCCACCCCCAAACCGGGCAGGAUCGUCAGAUUGUAUCCCCCGCCCCCCUAUUGCGACAACAGCAAUAGUCAUGAGAGAAAAAGUAUCAACGACAAUAUUACUAGGAAAGAGCUGAAAGAGACUGAUGGCAAUGCAAAGAAAGAGCUAACGGACUUAUGUAACGUUAAAAAACCAACGAAGGAACCAAAUUCGACAAAAACGACUCCAACAACGCCAGUCGAAACUAAGAUCUGUGAUAGAAAAUCGAAAAGGCUAUCGAAUAAGUUACCUGACGGGGUUCAAUUGACAUUGAACGAGCUACGCGAGAUGGCGUGCAGACAGCAGGCGCAGAUCGACUCGCAGCACCAGCUGCUCGCCGCCAAGGAGCAGCGGCUGCGCUACCUCAAGGAGCAGGAGGCGCGGCAACAGCGCGUCCAGGCCGAGAGCGAGCGAUUGAGGCGCUUGAGGGACCGCGUCGACGCGCAGGAGUUGAAGCUGAGAAAGCUGAGGGCGCUCAGGGGCCAGGUGGACCAUCAGAAGCAGAACAACAUCAGUUUGAGACGAAUUCUGGAGUCCGAGUUGAUUGAAAAAGUCCUCAGGGAGGGUGCAAGGAUAUACCGGGACACGCAACGACCAAUAUUAGGCAAGUCGCAAAGGACUGGACCUAGCGAUUUAGACUCUACAAGAGCGUUAUUCAAUGACAAAGAAAAAGAGCUAUCUUUGGCUGUGGCCAAGGUGGAAGAGUUGACUAGGCAACUCGAGGAGUUACGUAGAGGACGAUCUUCGAGGGACCCGCCACCUCCAAGCGCUUUGGAGUUGGAUAAACUCCGUAGAGAGUUAAUGUAUCGAAACAAACUGAACGAACAACAAAACCAAAGGCUGUAUCAACAAAGAGAGGCACUUACAGCAAGGCAAGAAGAAAUGAGCGCAAUCGACAAGAGAAUAUCUGAACUGCAAGAGAGGUUGCACAAAAAACGCAUCCUCAACCAACAACUGGCCAAUCAGAUCAGCGCUGCCUCUCACAAAGCUGCAUAUCAUCAACUUGUAAGGCUAACUGGCUCUGCAGAUCAGGGCAAUCAUCAGUUCGCAAGGAAGCCGCCGAAUCAGCAAUCCAAUGGUUUAUCGCGCGGUAAUAUAGCUGCAGUUGAGCCUUACAACCAUGUUCCCGUAUCCAAUCAUCAAAUUAGAGUUAAUACUAAUGGACAAGAGCAAAAUUCCGCAUAUCACCCCGUAUAUCAUCAACUGAACCAUAUCAAGAAGGAUCAAGACUCGCCUAAUAGCAACAAAGACCCCGUAGAUAUAAGCAACAAACUGUCGAAUCUGUAUGUGUCGCAAAAAUCGGACGAGGCGGAUUUGCUCAAAGAAUUCACGGUAUCGAAGUCGGACCCGAAAUAUCAAACGCUGCCGUACAACACGAAGUUUACGGUGAAUUUGCUGGCGCCCAACAGGACUAAUAAAGCGGAGGCGAACGCGAACAGCGGCGAGAAGGAGAACGAGAACGUGCCAACGGCCAAUCACGUGAACGGGAAUUUGAACAUGCAGACGGUGCACAGCGCUCCCUUGAACGUGGUGAACAAGAACAUCGCGACGCCGCUGGGCCAGCAUAACUUGUUGUCGCGGAAAAAUAGCGAGCCGAUUAAUGGGGAGGAUGUCGGUGGCAAACAGAAGGAGAAUUAUCCUGUUACUAGUGGAAAUGCUUUUAUUACGUAUCAGAAACCCAUAAGCAGCGUAGCACCGACCUCAAUCCACCACAGCAACCUAUUAUCGAACAUCUAUCAAACAUCAUCGAUAAAAGUGCAACCGGUGGAACCGCAAACCUUAAUCCCAUCAAAGCAACCCCCCGCCCUGCCGAAUCACUCCCCUCAACUGGCUCUAUCCCCCCCUCAAUCGAGCAGCACCCCCUUGAGCACGCCCGAAGUGUCCCAAGACAAAACCCCCAAGCCCGCCCUGCCUCCCAAGCCGGCCAUCAAACCCCCUCCCAGGCAGACUCAAACUCAAACUUUCGAGACCGCCGAGACGGUGCAACCCCCUCCCCUCCCCACCACCGAGCCGCCAGACGAGGCGAGCAAAACGUCUCCACAGCCGCCUCUGAAGUCGCCCAUCAAGUUCACGCCUGCGCAGAGUUCAGAGAUGAUCAUCAAAGCCAAACCGCUCACCAUCAAGAAGCAGCCCUUGAGCGAGCAGCCUAGGUUAAGAACAAGCAAUAAUUUCAACAAAACCAACGGUUUGCUGAAUAGGCGAUCAGAGCUGCCCCAGAUACAUUUCAACGCCGAAAUCAACCAAUGCAACCAGGAGAAAAGUGCCGAGAACGACGCUUCUAAAGAUGCUAAAGAUGAAACUGAUCGGAGUUCGGUGGAGGAAAGUGAGGUUAAGGUGCCGAUAGAUGGCGUUGUCAGGCGGUGCAAAAAGGGCAACCUGAAGCAAACUGGGAAGUCCAACUUGUCGAGGAGGGUCAGUUUUGACCCCUUAGCGUUACUGCUUGAUGCCAGUUUAGAAGGCGAGCUGGAACUGGUGAAGAAGACCGCGACGCAGGUGACGAAUCCGAGCGCGGCGAACGACGAGGGAAUCACCGCCCUGCACAACGCCAUCUGCGCGGGGCACAUCGAGAUCGUCAAGUUCCUGGUCGAGUUCGGUUGCGACGUGAACGCGCAGGACUCGGACGGCUGGACGCCGCUGCACUGCGCGGCCAGCUGCAACAACGUCACCAUGGUGAAGUUCCUCGUCGAGCACGGCGCAUGCAUCUUCGCGACGACCUUGAGCGACCACGAAACCGCGGCCGAGAAGUGCGAGGAGGACGAGGAGGGCUUCGACGGCUGCUCAGAGUAUUUGUACAGUGUUCAAGAGAAGCUGGGAAUCCUGUCUGGUGGUGUAGUGUACGCAGUUUUCGACUACACUGCGCAGCAAGCGGAUGAGUUAAGUUUCAAGGCCGGACAGCAGUUUACCGUACUGCGCAAAGGGGACGAAAGUGAAAGGGAAUGGUGGUGGUCGAAGUUAGGAGAUAAAGAGGGUUAUGUUCCAAGAAAUCUCUUAGGGUUAUAUCCAAGAGUGAACAGAAGUGAGGAUUAAAAAUAUAUACGUUUGUUUUUAAGUGCAUUCUUGCUACUUACUUACUAUAAAUAUUAUAAAUUUAUAAAUACGACUAAUUGUAU